AUGGACGGCUCCUCGCCUUCGGUCUUCACGGACGACCAAGAGUCCCCCCGGGGCCCGCUAUUGGAACGCCGCCAGCAACUGACUGAAGCUCUGGCCGAUUCCCCUUACGACCUGAUCCUCUACCUACAACGAGCAGUUGUCUACUCUCAUCUCGCUUAUCCGGACCUCGCGGUGGGCGAUGCCUAUCGUGCCCUGCUCCUGGCUGACGAGGUCCGGGAUGAGAGCUUUGAGUAUCAUGAGCAAGCCAAGGAGGCACUCCGUGGCUACCAGCUCGUCCCCUGCCCUGAGGUUCUGAACCACGGAAGCUUGGUUAACGACCUUGACCGCUUGGUUGACGGUGACGGCGUUGAGGAUGCAGGCGAGUUCAACUUACUGGCAAAUCUUGCCUCAGUCCGCUGCUUCCAGAUCAUCUCGCUCAGCCUUCUACUCUGCGGCUGUCUAAAGAGCGCGCUCGAGUUCUGCGAAAGGGGUCUCAAGAUGGUGCCCCAUAACAGGGAGCUUGAUGAAAUCAAAGGGUACAUCGAGCAGGUUGCUAGACGCAGGUUGCGGAAGGACCCCGGCGAGCCCAUCGGGAUCACCAACCUGCCCGACCGCGGUGUCGUGCGCCGGGAGGUGUAUCCUUGGAACACCCACGAACCCGACCGCUUCGCCAAAGAAUCUCUUUUGUUUCUAAACAAUAACCUCUCCAAAAUGGCUCCGAAGUGCGAAGUCAGGGUCUCGACUCUCCCAAUGCUGGCCGACGACGAGAGUAACAGUAAGGGAUUCGAGGUUAUUCCUUAUUGCAACCAGCUAGGCCUGUUCGCAAAAGAAGAUAUCGGCCCCAAGGAGCCCGUUCUAGAAGAGUACUCCUUGCUCACCGCCAAUAAUCGACACAAGGAGUCCGCUUGCGACGCCUGCGGCACGGAGCUCCCGCCUCUUCAAAGUAACUCUAAGGCAGUGAGCUGUCCUGAGUGUUACGACACUAUCUUCUGCGACGAUUUCUGCUUCACCAAGGCCCAGGAGCAAUAUCACCCUGCCGUCUGCGACAAGGACAUCGACUCUAUCGCCAAGGAUCCCAAAGCCAGAGACAUCGACGAGUCUCUCUACCUACUACUAUUGGCACGUCUCCUUGCCAUGUCGACGCACCAGGAGGCCCACCCCCUGGAGAUCAAGGAGAUCAAGUAUAUCUGGGGGGAUUUCGUGGCUGUGGCGCUGAACGACGUCGACGGCUCCAUAACUGAUCAGCCACCACCCGAGUGGACGCUACCCUUUUCUUUCAAAUACAACGUCGAGAUCCCUUUGCACAUGCUCGAGAAAAUGGACAUUGACAUUUACGCGACUCUCGACAAGCACGACCUCUGGGUCUUCAAUACGGCCUACGCCAAGUUUCGUGGCACCGCCUCGGCGAGAAAAAACCCACGCGACGGCCGCCCCGAUGUCGCCGCAGUCCAUCCCUUUUGGUGCCUCGCAAACCACGAUUGCAACCCCAACGUCACUUGGGAAUGGGGCGGACGCAUGGUUCUGUGGGCGCGCGAGACCCGGGUCGUGGGGAACCAGCCAGGCGGUAUCAAAGCGGGCGAGGAGAUCUUGAACCAUUAUUGUGACGUGAAUUUACCAGUUCAGCAGCGGAGGGAGUGGGCCCAAGGGAGUUUGGGUGGGCUGUGCGUGUGUCAGAGGUGCCGCGACGAGCUGGGUAAGCCGAAGACGAAUGGUUUCACUGAGAACGGGACACCAUAG